AUGGCGGUCGCUGACAGUUCAUCGGCUCUACAACAGCGACUAUCCGACUCCUCCUUACCUAUCUCGGACCUGAUCCUUCGCGAGACGCAAUACUUGUAUUCGUUGACGCUUCUCGUUGCAUUUAUAUCAUGCGUCGCAUGGUAUAGCGUUUACAAUGCUAAGAAGCAAGAGAACAUUGUUCAAUCUCAUAUCAAGGGCCCCGGAGGAAAGCCACUACCCGUCACCAAGAGGAAGACCAAGGACGAUGGCGAACGAAAGCUUGGUCCGCACUUUGGCCCGGCUGCCAAAAAUGCCUUCCGCUAUCUGGCUGGAGUCAUUUUUCUCUCCUACGUUGCAACCGGAGCCUUCAUGUUUGAUCAUGCCUUCUACCACGACAAUCCCUAUAAAUGGUCUAAAGAGGGCCUCUCGUGGGCUGGUGAAUGGACCGUUGUUCACGUUCUUGGCUCCACCUUCUUUUACCUUUACAUACUCUUUUCCCUUUUCGACUGGAAGAAGGGACCAAAUGUCGUACACCUCCUGAUCUGGGUUCUCGGUCUGGUGGGCGAGGUGGUUAUCUUCUCAACCACCUUUAUAGCUGCAUCUGAAUGCCACCUCGCCAGCCCAAAGCCGGAAACGACUGGAAAAGACUGCAUCGAUCGUUGGACCAAGUUGGAUCUAAUUCUAUACUUUGUCCGUAUCCUGCACUUGAUUGCACUUAUUGGUGUCUUUAGUAUCGCCUGGAUCGGCAAAGUGCGUUGGAAGCGCUCUGACAAGCUGGAAGACGGCUUCGCCCAUGAACAGACCCCUCUCCUAAAUGGCAAUCACAGAUCAUAUGAGGCUCAAAAUGGCGAUGCCAAUCGUACCGAUUCGAAUGGUCGCGAUGCGAAUGGCCGCGAAUCCUUUUCUCGCCGCUCCCGAGGCCGAACUAUGUCCAAUGCGGCCAAACACUCGGCCCCCGCUUCACGCAAAGACGAGAAUGCCGCUUUUUAUCGACCUCAAAAGCUUCCUCACAAGACUUGGUGGGAGUAUAUCCGCGGAUAUUCUCUCUUCUUUCCCUACUUGUGGCCCAAGGAUUCAGUCAAGCUGAAACUGCAAGUCCUUGUUUGUUUCGUCUUGGUCAUCAUUCAGCGCAUCGUCAACAUCACCGUCCCCAUUCAGAUUGGUGAAGUUGUCAAGCAACUCAAUUAUGCCAUCAAGGAAGUGCAAGCUGGACAGCCACUGACUAUGGAUCUCUUUCCACUCCGCGCUUCCCUGCUCCUUGGAGUUCUCUGGGUUCUUCAGGGCAUGCUCGGACCGCUCCGAUCAUAUCUCUGGAUCCCCGUUUCUCAAUAUUCGUAUCGGGGCUUGACAACGGCUGCCUUCAACCACGUGCAUUCUCUAAGCCUGGAUUUUCACCUCUCCAAGCGCACUGGCGAAGUCUUGUCUGCACUCAACAAGGGUUCUUCCAUCAACUCUUUCCUCGAGCAGGUCACUUUUCAAGUCAUUCCAAUGCUGUUCGACUUGAUUCUGUCCAUUAGCGUUUUCUACUACAGGUUCGGCCCUCUUUACGCGCAAAUCAAUUUGGUCGAUACUUGUUGGUAUCUUUACAUGACCAUCAAGAUGGCGUCGACUAGAGCUGACCAGCGACGCGAAAUGACCAAUGCUGACAGAGAGGAAGAGGCCGUCAAGAAUGAUUCAAUAUCAAGCUACGAGACGGUCAAGUAUUUCAACGCCGAGGAAUACGAGUUCAACCGUUACCGUGGCAAGGUCGGAGCCUACCAAAAGGCCGAAGCUCAGGUACAGAUGGGCAUGGUCAUGAUGAAUGUUUGCCAGACUCUUGUCUUCAAUAUUGGCAGAAUUCUUGCGGCUCUUAUCUGCGGCUGGCAGGUUGCGGUUGGAAUGCGCGAGUCCAGUGAAUGGUUUGUCGUGAUUUCCUACCUGACCCAGCUUCAGGGACCACUCAACUUCUUUGGCACUUUUUAUCGGACCGUACAGCAGUCCAUGAUUUCCGGCGAGCGUUUGCUCGAGCUCUUCAAGAUCCAGCCUACGGUUGUCGACACCCCCAAUGCAAAGCCCCUCGAAAACUUUUCUGGUCACAUUCGCUGGAACAAUGUCAGCUUUUCUUACGACAGGCGUCGUACAGCGCUGCGCAACAUCAGCUUCGAGUGUCCGCCUGGAACCACGACCGCGUUUGUGGGUGAGUCCGGUGGGGGGAAAUCGACACUGUUCCGUCACAUGUUCCGUUAUUAUGAUUGCGACGAAGGCAGCAUCGAAUUGGACGGCAAGGACGUGCGAAACUUGACCAUCUCAUCCGUUCGUCGCCACAUUGGUGUUGUACCUCAAGACACAACCUUGUUCAACGAAUCGCUCAUGUACAAUUUGAGAUAUGCGAAUCCAAAUGCCACGGACGAAGAAGUGUAUGCUGCAUGCAAGGCAGCUAGCAUUCACGACCGAAUUUUAUCCUUUCCCGACCAAUAUGAAACCCAGGUUGGAGAGCGCGGCUUGAGGCUGAGUGGAGGCGAGAAGCAGCGUGUGGCCAUUGCUCGCACAAUUCUUAAAAAUCCUCGCAUCAUCAUGCUUGAUGAGGCUACUUCGGCCCUGGACUCCCACACAGAGCAGGAGAUCCAAGAGAAUGUAUGGAGCAUUGGUCAAGGCCGCACCUUGCUCAUAAUCGCCCAUCGACUGUCCACAAUUACCCACGCCGACCAGAUUAUUGUGCUCCAUGCGGGCACGAUUGUUGAGAAGGGCACACACGAGGAGCUUCUGGCUGCUGGUGGUCGUUACGCGUCGAUGUGGGAGAAGCAGAUCCGCGCCGAACGCGCGCUUAACGCUGCAAGAGAGGCGACUCAGCGCGCCACGCGUGCUCUCCGCAGGGCUAACAUGAGCCACAAGAAGGGAACCGAGACGCCACUAGACGGCUAUAACAGUGUAGGCUCCUCGGCCUCUCUUUCCGGCAACAAUGCAAGCCGCGGAUCCAAAAAGAGCAAGAGUGACGAUACGACCGAGGAAAUCACCACGUCCGGGUCUUCCUCCUCGGACGACGAGUCUGGACACACCGAGGAGCAUUCGCCCGAACGCAGCAAAUUGAAUCAGUAA